AAUCUAAAAUACGCUCAACCGCUAGUCACCUCUUUCUCUCUCUUCUUCUCACACACUUCCACAUGGCCACAGCUCUAUCCGUACGGCCCAGCCACUCCAUCUCCGCCUCAGACCGGCCCGGAUCGACGUCCUUCCAUCGGGAACCGGUCGUGAAUGCGCUCAACCCGGGCCGCCGCCGCCCCCGGGCCGCUCUGUUUGCCCGGCGCAUGUUAGCAGCUGCUCCUCUGCGGGCCUCGCGAGCCGACGACUCCGCGCCGUCGGAGAUGUCUGUGGAGAAUGCUCUCAAAUUGCUCGGAGUCUCCGAAGGUGCGUCGUUCGAUGAUAUUCUCCGCGCCAAGAAUUCCACCGUCGCGUCUUGUAAAGAUGAUCAGGAAGCAAUUUCUCAGGUGGAGGCUGCAUAUGACAUGCUGCUAAUGCAGAGCUUAUCACAACGGAGAGCUGGGAAAGUUGUGAGUAGUAACAUCCGUUAUGCUGAUGUUAAGCCAGUAAGUGCUCCCAAAAUGGAUUCAAUGCCAAAAUGGCUGCAGAAUUCGGUUAAAGGCUCUCCCAUCUCUGUAGAUGCACCAUCUACUAGCGACUUAGGUGUGCAAGCUGGGGUCUAUGGAGCUCUAAUGGUUUUGACGUAUGUAAAUGGAGCUUCAUCCCCUUCCACAGCACCAUAUGCUGGAGCUGAUGUUCCCGGCCUCAUUCUAGCCACCAGCUUUGGUGCAUCGUUGUACUUCAUGACCAAGAAGAAUGUCAAACUUGGAAAGGCUACUGUGAUAACAAUUGGUGGGCUCGUGGCUGGUGCAGUGGUGGGCUCGGCGGUGGAGAGCUGGUUGCAGGUGGACAUCGUCCCGUUUAUGGGAAUACAGUCUCCGGCUAUCGUUCUAAGCGAAUUUGUACUCUUUUCUCAAUUUUUAUUCUCCUUAUAUUUGAGAUAGAUUGAAUUUGAGGCUGGGAAGUAGUUUCAAGCCUCUAGGAUGACAACACCUAGUUGCCAUUUAACACAUGUUGUACAAAAUGUAAUGCUUUAGAACCUAUGCCAUUAAAUACAAUUCUGUUGAAAACUGCCUAUCCCCACACUCAGCAUUUGCUUAUUCUCUAGGGAAUAUAUGUGAUUUUGUCGGUC